AAUUGGUCGCCUUACGGUCCCCCACGCUCGAGGCAUCUUAUAAGAACUCGCCCCCUCCAAAAACCCUAACUCUUAACACAAAACCACACGAGUAAAAGACGGGAAACGAUGGAGAACGCAGAAGAGAUGGAAGUAGAAGAAGAACAAUCAACUACCAGUUCGACAGCCUUCAAGCGAUUCGGCCUCAAGAACUCAAUCCAAACAAAUUUCGGCGAUGAUUACGUUUUCCAAAUCGCUCCCAAGGACGAUUGGACGUCCAUGGCGGUGUCGCUUUCGACGAACGCGGUGAAGUUGUACUCGCCGCUGACGGGGCAGUACCUAGGGGAAUGCAAGGGUCAUUCUUCAACAAUCAAUCAAAUAUCCUUCUCAGGACCAUCCUCUCCGCAUGUGCUGUACUCCUGCUCGUCUGAUUGUACCUUCAGAGCGUGGGAUUCGAGGUCUUUCCAACAGGUAUCUUGCAUAAAUGCUGGUUCAUCACAGGAGGUCUUCAGCUUCUCGUUUGGUGGUGCAGGUGAUAAUCUUCUUGCUGCAGGAUGCAAGUCUCAGAUACUUUUCUGGGAUUGGAGGACGAUGAAGCAGGUGGCAUGCUUGGAGGAAUCUCACAUGGAGGAUGUUACUCAGGUUCACUUCAUUCCUGGUCAUCAAGGCAAGCUUGUGUCGGCUUCUGUUGAUGGAUUAAUGUGUCUUUUCGAUACCAAUGGAGAUAUAAAUGAUGAUGAUCACUUGGUAUCAGUAAGUGGGAUUAUCCUCUCCGGUGUUCAGUUUUUCGGUGAGACAAAUCAGAAAUUGUGGUGCCUAACACAUAUUGAAACCUUGAGUGUUUGGGAUUGGAAUGACUCGAGAACAGAAGCCAACUUUGAGGAUGCUCGUACAUUGGCCUCUGAAAGUUGGACAUUGGAUCAUGUUGACUAUUUUGUUGAUUGUCAUUAUUCGGCUGAGGAGGAUCACCUAUGGGUCAUUGGAGGCACAAAUGCUGGCACGAUUGGUUACUUCCCUGUAAAGUAUGCCAGUAUAAAGACGAUUGGGUCACCGGAGGCUAUUUUUCAAGGUGGUCAUACAGGAAUCGUGAGGACUGUGUUGCCCAUGUGCAGCAUACCUGGUAGAACAUCAAAGAGUCGUGGCAUUUUUGGAUGGACUGGUGGUGAAGAUGGUCGCUUAUGUUGCUGGUUGUCGGAUGACUCAACAGAUGCAAACCGUUCUUGGGUAUCAAGUACAUUGGUUGAAAAAUCUCCAAAAGCUCGAAGGAAAAGUCGCCAUAGUCCUUACUAGAACCCCAUCUCCCUCCACUUUUUCUCAUUUCUCUCCUUUUUUAGAUGUACCAUGUUGUAAUAUUUAUUAAUUUGUCCCAAAUUUACGAAGCACUUGCACGCCCAACAAUGUAUCUGGAAACAGAGUUUUGUUCUAUAGGAGAGUGUUUUACACUAAA